AUGCUACGGGAAGUGUGCCAGUCUGAUACAAUCUACGCAAUCGAGGCGGUGGCCGACACGGGAUUCGUGCACGAUAACCUUCAGCUGACCGCACCCGGAUCGUGGAUCAAUCGUGGAGGAGGGGGCCUUGGGUGGUCGGGCGGCGGCUCGCUGGGCAUCAAGCUAGCUGCUGACGCCGAGGCCGGCAGGCAAGACAAGGGGAAAUUUGUGGCGCAGACUGUCGGCGACGGGACGUACCUGCCUACAGUGCCGGGGAGCGUGUACUGGAUUCCGAAGCGGUACAAGAUCCCGGUGUUGACUAUGGUGCUAAGCAACAAGGAUAGGGUCCCGAACGGACUAGGGUCCAAGGCGACGAAUAAGGAGAUUAAUAUCUCGUUUGACCCUGCGCCCGACUAUGCAGGCUCUGCAUUGGCAGCAGCGGCUGGAGACAUUGAGGGACUACGGGUGAGCCAGGUGAACGAGCUGGAGGGAGUGUCGAAGCAGGCGGUUUCCAAGGUGCAGGCGGGGAAGUCUGCAGUGGUGGACUGCACGGUGGUGGCGGAUUGUCAGGGGAGGACGAAGGAGUGA